AGGCACACUCGCGCGAACAAUCUCGCUCCACACUGACGACCGAACGACCGCCCGACGCGCCCGGUGUCGUAUUACGCUGUAAAGUCUAAAUAUAUCCCGCGAGCGCGAUCGCCUAUUUGGAAACGCGCCGUGUUUUGAACCAGUGAUUGAUAGUGCCGAGUGAAGAAUUCCCUUAUCGUGCUGAGAAAUGGCACAGUUAAUAACUGUGCGCUUGAACAAGUCUGACCAGCAGCCUCUAGGCUUUAGGCUGCAGGGUGGAAAGGACUUCGGAACGCCCCUCGUGGUACAGAAGGUUAACGGUGGAAGUGCAGCUGAAAGGGCUGGUCUGCAGGCUGGAGACGCUCUUAUUCGAGUCAACAGCACCGAUGUGUACACACUCCGGCACCAGGAAGCUCAGGAUACGAUCCGCGCCGCCGGUCAAGCACUCGAACUGACCAUCCAACGUGGUGGCGGUACUUGGAGACCAUCAGUGACUCCAACAGGAAGUCUGCCCAGGCCUGGCUCUAGACCACUGGGGUCCAACCCCACAACAGUCACCAAUACCUCACUCAAAGCCAAUCAGCAACCGUCGCGCGCGUUUGGCUCUGGCCACAAUAAUGUCGCUAAGCCUUUCGGUUAUAUGAAUGGCACGGACUCUGUGAAGGGCAUCGUCAACAAGCAGUACAAUACACCAGUCAACAUGUACAGCGACAAAACGAUCGCUGAGACACUCUCGGCUCAAUCCGAGGUUCUUGCCGGAGGUGUACUGGGGGUCAACUUUAAGAAAAAUGAAAAAACUUAUGAUGCCGAAAAAAGUGCGGUAUUUAAGGUAUUGCAAGAAGCGGAGAAUGACCCUGAACCUCCAUCAGAGCGGCCUCAGUUUUUCUCGCGUGCAGGCGUCGCGCCUCCUCAUCAAACACCACAGAACCCACAACAGCAACAGCUGCGUUCUCUAUCGCGCAACUCCGGGACGUACUCUCCAGGACCGGCUCAUCUGGUGCCGGACCAACACCACCGACCGAGUAUACCAGUUGGCUGUCAUCAAGUUCUACCGGACGGACAGAUAGCGCUUGGUGUUCCGGCGCACCCGCAGCCACAACCGGAUCUACCGGUCGUUCGCGACACGCCCUUUUGCUCUGAUUGUAACGCCCAUAUCGUGGGCGUGUUUGUGCGCAUAAAGGACAAAAACUUGCACGUCGAGUGCUUCAAAUGCGCUACCUGCGGCACUUCACUCAAGAACCAGGGCUAUUACAACCUGAACGGGAAACUCUACUGUGACAUCCACGCGAAACUUGUGGCGCGCCAGAACCCACCGGCAUCCAACUUGGAACCUGUUACAGUACCACCAGGAGGCCGCGUUCCCAGCAACACGUAUUCAACACCAUUGCCACCACUUUCAACAGGCAACUACACGAAUGGUUCUUCGUCAUUAUUUAGCCCAUCAAGCAAUUUGUCUGGUCCGAAGCCAUUCGGCUCUUCCAUCGGAUCGGCGUAUUCACCAUCUUUGUCGCCGAGGUCAGCCCCGAUGUCGCCAGCACGACCGACUGGAGCCCCUCCAGCACCUAUAACUACCGCACCUCUUUCCUCUUCUUUUGCGCCGACAAAUGAGGCACACAUUCCAAGCCCCCACAGAAUGGAAUAUAAAAGUCCAGCCGAGGAGCGACUUAUUAGAAAAAUGGCGAAAAUGGCACUAAAUGGUUAUGAAAUUGGAAUACAAAGAAAGAUAAAACCAGCAGAACAUAUUCAAUCGAUGGCUGACCGAAUUCAAGAUACUGUUGUAACAAAACAUCCAUUAAAUGCCGAUACACCUCCUAUUGAAUGUAGUCGAGAGAAUACAAUUAAACGAAGUCCUAUUAAACUGGUCGAUAAAGAGUCAAAAUAUGCUGACAGCAUUCCUAAUUCGUCUUUAUUGAUAUCACAGACCUUAGCGGCUCAGGCCGGUAAAGCAUCAAACAGUCAGGAUUAUGCUCCUCUUCCACCGCCACUCCCAACAACGCCAGUCCCAACUUUUAUUGUUAACACAAAUUUAACAAAUGGAAACAUGACACCAAAUUCAAAACAUAAUGCCGAAAAAGUAUUUAAUGGUAAUGGCUACUUAAAUCGCGAAGAAGAGAAUGGAUACAGAGGGGCUAUUGAUAUAAAUAGUCCUAAUUAUGAAGUGAAAUAUAAAAUGGGCUCCCCAAAAUCCUAUAAAGAAGAAAUAAAUACAUCAUCCAAUAAUAUCUGCAAUGAUGAUAUAAAAUACAAUACAUAUUCAAACACACAAAACAAAAAGAAAUUUUUCGAAAAAAAAGAUAACUUUAAUGAUUUCAACUCUUCUUUGGAAAAUAGAACAUUAAAUCACAAAUUUUCAGAUGACUUACACGAAAGAAAACAUCAACCAAAUACUAAUUCUAGUCAUAUAAAUGUUAACAAACCUUACCAUACUUUAAACGGUAGAAAAUUGCCCAAAAACUCUGAUAGUGAUGAAGAUUUUAAGAGUUUGCCAAAUAAUAUACAUGAUAAUUCAUUGUACACCUAUAAACCGGUUAACAAAGUAAUUAACAAUGAUAACCAUAACAAUUUCACUCAUGUCAAUGAAGCAAAAGGUAAUGCUCCCCAUGUCGACAAAGGGAGUGAAAAUAAUGAAAUCGAAAAUAAAUCGGAUGAAACAAUCGUUAAAAGGAGAGAGAAAAAAAAUUUGAGAAAAGAUGAUGGCAAAAGAGACUCACACAUAAUCGCAAGACCAUUGAGUACUAUGACUUCAGUAGAUGUUACUGACGGACACUAUCCAGUUUGUCACAUAUGUGACAAAGCUAUUACCAGGGGUCCAUUUAUUACUGCUCUUGGACGAAUCUGGUGUCCGGAGCACUUUGUCUGCGUAAAUGCUACAUGUCGUCGCCCAUUACAAGACAUUGGAUUCGUCGAGGAGAAUGGACAGCUAUAUUGUGAGUACUGCUUCGAGCAGUAUAUAGCGCCAUCCUGUGACAAAUGCCACGCUAAAAUUAAGGGUGAUUGCCUCAACGCUAUUGGAAAACACUUCCAUCCAGAGUGUUUCAGCUGCGUGUACUGCGGCAAGCUUUUUGGAAACAAUCCAUUCUUCUUAGAAGAUGGCUUACCUUACUGCGAAGCCGACUGGAACGAGUUAUUUACGACAAAAUGUUUCGCCUGCGGUUUUCCCGUGGAGGCAGGCGACAGGUGGGUCGAGGCGCUCAACAAUAACUACCACAGUCAGUGCUUCAACUGCACGGUCUGUAAAAAGAAUCUUGAAGGACAGAGCUUCUUCGCCAAAGGAGGAAGACCGUUCUGUAAAGUUCACGCCCGUUAGGAGCCCGCCAAAAAUAAUAUACAAUUCUGACACUGUUUAUUCCACGACGACAUUUCGACCGGUCUCUUUAUCUCCAUCCCCUGUACCCAAUACUCCGAGCAAUACUCCACAAAGAACUCGAAAAUUAGAAACUCCCCUCCACUUUGAGGGAGGGCUGUUUUCUGAUAUCAGAAAUGAAGAAGGGAAAUUGUUGAGCAAAGUAACUGUCGAUCACAUGCAAAGCAGUACAAAAUACGAUAUUUUAGAUUCACCAAAUAAAUCUAAAAGUUACGACGACACAAAUGGAAAUACAGCUUUCGUCGACGAUUUAUUUAAAACAGAAAGAGUGACAAAUGAAGACGUAAUAAAAGUUAAAUUUACACCUGUUGCUCCAGAAAUCGAUUCCUUUGUAAGAUUAUCACCCAUGCCUUUUAACAGACCAAUAACUCCUGUUAAAUAUAUCAAGGACGAUUUUGUAGAUCUUACAAGUUACAAAAUUGUAAAUUCUGUACACAAAGAACACGUACCAACACCUGAAAAUGAUUUAGUGAUGUUUGAGAAUGUACAGUCAAUGAAACGGGAGCACAGUCCUCUUGUCAACAACAAAAUAUCUGAGCAAUUGCUUAAGAUCGACACUUAUUUGCAAGAAACCUUAACAAGAUGUUCUGUAGACAAAGACGCACCCUCUUCUGCUAACUUAGAAGAUCAGAUUAAACAUCAAAUAAAUGAAAAAUAUGAAGUAAUUACUAAUGGACAAAAGAAUGAAAAAAUUAUUUGUAAAACGCAAAAUAGCUUGGAGUCAUGUAAAAGAACAGAUAAAUCAACACUCAGUACAGAUAUCCCAGAAAAGUUCAAAUCAAGCAGUGUCAGUAAGAGAAAAUCAAGAGUAUUCAGCACCAUUUAUAAUUUACCAUCGCAUUAUCAUGCAGCAAUCAUUUGUUUAAUAUUAAUUGUAUAUAAUUUAAUCUAUCAAUUUAUUAAGAAUAAUAAUUACCACAACAAUAAAAAUGUUGCAUCUACUUAGGUAAAAAAUUUAUCGUCGAAUCGUUUGUAAGGAAUAUUUAUAAAUACUAGUCAAAAAUUCAAAAAUCUUAAACUUUGAUUUGAUAUUGUUACAAUUUUGAUGAUCUUGUAUAUAUAUAAUAAUAUAUCUAACAGACGUGUUUGGAUUGGUAUAUACACACUUGACCUACUAGAUGAAGUGGUCAAUCCAAUUUGGUGCUUUUUUAACGUUUUCGCAACUUCACCAAAACGAAUUAAUACCAACUUUGAAUGAUGCUUUGUAUACAGCUUUCGGAAUGUUUUCCAUAAUGUACUAACAAUAACAUUAUGUUUAGUAAAACCAAAGUAUAUGAGGAAAAAUACUUCUGUUCGGCCAUUAAAAAUAAUGCACCAUAUUUUGUAAGCAAUAUUAUUACUUGAAUUAUUUUUAAGACCUAAAUGACUUAUCUUUUUGCUUUAGUUUAACAAUUUUAAUUAUGUACUUUCCUUUAUAGCGUAUGAAAGUUAUUUUUGGUAGGUUUAUAAAUAUGACGUACUUGGAAUUAUAUUUUACACGUAAUUUAUGAUAAAGUGUAUUUUAUUUCUUAAUGAACUUAUUUAUUUAGUUUUUAACAGUUGCUGAUAGAGCAAUGAACGCAUAGAAACAUUUAAUUUUAUUAUUUGAGCUUCAAUAAAUAUUUUAUAUAUGUA